UGCAGAAAAGCGGAGCGCAGGUUCAUUACUGCGCAUUUCUUAUUUUGCUCCGCAUUCUGCGCCGGAUCGUCCUGAGGACGACUUAGGAUCCGGAUCAGACCUGGUUUGGACUCCUGCGGACCCGCCAGGAUUCAUCCUGACCGAUGUUUCUUCAAGAGAACCUGAUCCAAGAUCUGUGAUGCCACAAUUUCAGUGAGGCUGCAGGGACUCGAACCUCUGACACUGCUCAGACAUGGUGGCUGUGGGCGGAGCCUCGUCAGUGCUGACAGUGUGUCUGUUCAUCGUACUCCUUCCUGCGGUGAAAGGUUCUCACUCUGAAGACGCACUGUGCACAUAUGCUGACCAAGUCCGUCAACAACAGUGGGCGGAGCCUCAGGAGGAACAGGCCAAUGAGCUGCGAGGGCUGGUGCAGGACAACGGCACGAUCCACUGCAGACACGGCUUCCGCUGCUUUGGAUUAUGGGAAAAGAGCCCAGACGGGGAAAUGCAUCUGGUCCAGCAAGGUUGUUGGAGACCCAAUGAUGUCCAGGAGUGCCUUGGCGACCGUUGCCUGGUAACGGCAGCACGUUCUCAGGUUCAUAACACCAACUAUCGCUUCUGCUGCUGCAGCAGCGACUUCUGCAAUGCAAACUAUACUGAAGCUCCGCCCACCGCCAACACCCCUGCACUCAGACGUUUGAAGACACGCAGACGGGAGGAGAGACGAACAGAUUCCCGGCCGCUGCAGCGGGAGGAGACCGUGCUCAUCGCCCUGGUAAUGGUGGCUGCAGCAGCCAUCAUCAUUAUGUUGCUGUUUCUGGGUUACCGAAUACUUAAAGGGAAACACAAACACAGUGUAUCCAGACUGGAUGUGAUGGAGGAAAAUUUAGACCCAACUGUUGAUCUGAACAAUCUGAAGCUUCUGGAGCUGAUUGGUCGGGGGCGUUAUGGCUCUGUGUUCCGUGGAUCUGUUCAUGACUGCUGUGUGGCCGUGAAGCUUUUCAGCUCCGCCAACCGACAGAAUUUCAUCAACGAGCGCUCGAUCUACUUCCUGCCGCUGCUGCAGCACGACAACAUCGUGCGCUUCCUGGCCGCCGAUGAGAGGACAACACCCGACGGGCGCCCAGAAUUCCUGAUCGUGAUGGAGUUUUACCCACAUGGUUGUCUGUCUCGUUUCCUGUCCUUGCACACCGUGGACUGGUUAAGCUGCUGCAGGAUGUGUCACGGUGUCACCAGGGGUCUGGCCUUCCUGCACACGGAGCUCUACAGAGGAGACCAGUAUAAACCAGCGGUGGCCCACAGAGAUGUGACCAGCAGGAACGUCCUGGUCCGUGCUGAUCUGUCCUGCGUCCUCACUGACUUUGGUCUUUCCAUGAAGCUGACAGAAAACUGUCCGUCCCGGCCGGGAGACGAGGACACUGUGGCCAUUUCUGAGGUGGGGACGGUCCGGUACAUGGCUCCGGAGGUUCUAGGCGGGGCACUGAACCUCCGGGAUUGUGAGUCGGCUUUGAAGCAGGUGGAUGUUUACGCACUGGGUCUGCUGUACUGGGAGACCUUCAAGAGAUGCUCCGAACUCUUCCCUGGUGAAGUCAUGCCCGAGUUUCAGUUGGCCUUCCAGGAAGAGCUGGGAUCACAUCCCAGUUUUGAGGAUAUGCAGAUCCACGUUGCCAGAGACAAACACCGACCCAAAUUCCCCAAAGUCUGGAAGGAAAACAAUCCAGUGUUGCGCUCCCUGAAGGAAACCAUUGAGGACUGCUGGGAUCAGGACGCUGAGGCUCGACUCACUGCUCAGUGCGCCGAAGAACGACUAUGUGAACUCACACUGCUGAGUGUACACACAGCAACACAUAACCACAGGAAUCUCUCCUCUGGUCUGUGGCCUCAUAUGGUUGACUCCUCCUCCUCCACUUCCUGCGCUGCUGAUUUGCAAGUGGACGUUGUUAAAAAUCUCCAGGGAGAUAGCCAGCUAGCAUCAUUUGCCAAGACAACCACAGGUCGAGCAAAAGUCGCAGAGAAAAUCAAGAAGUCCAUCAACUAUGAUUGGCAGCAGGCUCGAUCUUCCAGUUCAGGCACCAGCGUGUCCUGUGCUGUGUCUCCUGCCUUCGUCCUCGGCACUGUCUCAGACCCUGGACAGGCUGGUGGCACUGUGCCCAGCAUCCCAGUUUGCCUCCAGCUGACAGAGGAAGACUUGGAGGCCCCCAAGUUCAACACAAAAGAGGUCAAUCAGAGCCUGAGGGAAAGUUCUGAUGAAAACCUGCUGGAACAUUCACAAAAAGACUUUACUACAACAGAUCGAACAAACACCCUGCUGUACCACCAAAUACUACAAACUGCUGAGGUAAAGGAGUUGGUGUCAAAUCUGCACGGUGGCCUGGGGGACACCCAGUCUUCCUCGUCAAUUCAGCCUUUUCCAAAGCAGCAGAACCAAUCCCACAGGCCCACCAGCCUCCACCUCAACCCCAGAACCAAGGAGACUCCACUCAGCUCCUCUCGCCUCCAGCUUGGAAAGCACAGAUGGAACCACAGACAGGUGGAAAUGGGUGUUGCUAAAAUGAACACGGUGACAGUUGCUGCAGCAGCAGAGCCUCACCUGGUAACCACCAUGACCAACACAAGGGCCACCGGUACCAAUGGAACUCGACUCCAUCCAGCAACAUUAGUCACUGCUGGUUACAGUGUUGGCAUUCCUACCUUGGUAAUGAAUGAGAACACUGGAGGAGGUCACACAAACCCAGUGGGACCACAAAUGGACCAUGAGGACAAAAUGGAGGUGGGCCUUAGUGGAAGAGAUGGCAGUUGCAUGAACCUGUUGAACUCCAGUCCAGAUGAAAACGAGCCACUGCUGAGGCAAGAGCAGCCGCCUGCAGAACGUGAACCACAACAGCGUCACUCACGAACUGCCAGCAUCCUGUCAGGACGAGGGUCAAACUCCAACAAUAACAACAACAGGCAUGCACCGGGGCCAGAGGAUAAGGUCCAGGGUUCAGAGAUUAAAUCCAGAAAGAUGAUAGGACCAGAAUUUAGUCAAGACAGAGGCAUCAGAAUACCCGAUCCUCAGUCAAACCCAGCCAGUGAGCAGAUCAUACACAUGGAAUCACCUGCUGCCAGCCUAGUUUCAGAUGUGGCAAAUAAAGUUUUACCAUCUGGACAAGCAGGACAGGUCCUUUCUUCUGCCAAAGUUCAAAGUCAAGACUCAGCUACAAGCCUGCAACUUCAGACAGUCCUAGUUUCAGGCCCGGUGUUGUUCCCUGACUCUAACAUAAAUCCACCUGCUCAUCAGGUCCAUUGUGUUGCUGCCACAGUGGUUCCUAGCCGCUCAGACACAAGUUGUGACUCAAGUCUUCCUUCAGAAAAAUCUUUAGAAGCUUCAGAAGCCCCGGAAACAGCAACUUCACCAGAAGUCCCAUUUACAAAAAUCCCAUUUUUGUUUUCAAGAGUAUUAGAUUUUGAUACUAGGACCUUUAAAAUGAAAGCUUUAGUGACAGACGCACCAACCUCAGAUCCAGACACUCCAGCUGUAGAAGAUCCACCCUCAGAUCUAAGAGUUAAUGAAGCAACAUCAAAUGCUCCAGGUCUACAACAUCUAACCUCAGAUCUGGCAGCUUCAGUUCAAGAAAUCCCAAAUUCCCAUAGACAGACUCCAGCUUUAGAUCCAGAUACUUCAGCUGUGCUGGUCCCUAUACCUUAUUCAGCUCUAGAAAGUCCUCGCUUGGAUGAAGAUGCUUCACUGAUAAAAACUCUUCAUUCACAUACAGAAGUUACAGGUUUAAAAGCUGCAUUAUUCAGUCCUGAUGGUCUGUCUUUAGAAACCUCAGCAGUAGGAUUUUUGAAAUCUGAAAGUCUGGCAGCUCCAGCCUCAGGUGCCAAAGGCCUGUUACAGAACCAGGCUAACGCCAGGAGGCCUGAGAGGCCCUGCUCUCUGGACCUAUCUGCCACUUGUCCCUCUUCAGAUGAUGUUUGUCUGACAGACGGGGGCAACCUGAGUGCUUCAGGAGAGAAAAUCAAACGUCGUGUUAAGACACCGUAUACCGUGAAGAAAUGGCGUCCAUCCUCGUGGGUUGUCUCUACUGAUACGACCCUUGAUCCAGACCUGGAGCUGAGUUUAAGUGGCCACACUGAGUCUUCAUCUGGUCUUCACCAACCAGGAGGCUUUGGCAUGAUCAGAAUGAACCAGUCCAAAUCCAGCAUGGCCGUAUUUUUGGUCGGAGGCAGAGGCACGGCCACGACAACCUCCAGCCCUGAUGGGAUGACCUCCUUCUGAUGAUCGCACCGUGUUCUGUUCCAAAACGCAGCAAAUGUCUCGGUCAUUGUUUUUGGAUUUGGGUAUGUUGUGGACUGUCAAUUUUGUUGAUUCCCCUGGAACAUUUUGCCUAUGACACUUGACAUUUGACCCCUGCCUUUCAGCACUGGCUAUAAUUCAGUUAAAUGGAAGCUGUUCGUCUCCAAAAUGUUAUCCUGUGGACGGUAAAGUGUGACUAAGGUCCUGUUAGGUACCAGGACAUCCUCUCUGAUUGACUUUGGGCUCGUGCAUCUCGAGCCCUAAACCCUUUCUGGACAAAAACAAAAUUGUAAAAUUUCCUUUGCUUCGGAUUGCACGACCACGUGUUCCACUCAUGUUAACAUGUCCUGUGACCAUGAGGAGCAGUAUCCCUGGCAACAUGCACUCAGAAGAGCAGGAGACACUGAUGGCACAGCAUCAAUGAUGUCAGUGUUUCUUAGCUCUUUUCUAACUGGUCUGAGGACAUUAACAAACCCCACAAAGGACGUUUACAGUGAUGUUAUGGCGCUGAUGAGUGACAUCAGUGGCUAUGGCGCUGUCGUUUAUGUCCAUCUGUCCACUGAUGGAACACUGCGGUGAUGGGACCAAAACUGCUGGAUCUCUAAUAGAAUUUUUCCAUGAUAUUAACAGUUGAUAACAGCGCCAUCUAACAUUUUGUAAACCUGGAGCUGAGGCAUCAAUGCUGAGAUGCGACUGCUCAUGAGCGUGCAUGUGGUUAGCACCUGUGGCGUUUGAUGGACACCGUUGGGUCUGUAUGUAAUUGGACUCUGAUAGAAUUCAUGUGUUCACUGUCUGUCACUUAUUCAAGUGGAAACUGGCAGCUUUAAUUUGAACAUAAUGACAUUUAGACUGAGGCUACAGACACAAUGGGCUUGCACGUGGCGGGCUCCCAUACCUGAGCAUCAUUUUUGCUGCCUCUACGAAAUUCCAUGUUCGAAAAGCCAACAAUCACAUGAUGUUUGUUGUAGUACAUUUAGCCACUAUUGCAUGAUGUCGCAAACCUGAAGAAAUACCGUUGAUAAUAAUGAAUCAACACAAACA